UACAAAAACGUUGAAUAGUCAUGAGGUGAAGAUCCACAAGGGUGGCAAGAUAUAACUGCACACGUCUUUAUUAAUAACUGCAUAUACCUAACCUACUCUAUGUGGCACAGAGACCCUAUCCUUCUGAGCUUGAGGAGAAAAUGCGGUGAGGGAGGGUAGGGAAUCCCUCCAGUCUCUGACGUGCCUUUACCAAGGAAACCUUGUCCUCUCGCAACUGCCCAUUUUAGGAAACAUGCGUCAAUGGGCUGUACCAAAUCAGACAAACGGUGAAUAUAGAGAUACUGUUUAACAUCCAACCCGAUGAUAAAAUACACGUGCGUAAACAUGUAGGCUUAUCACAAGCAUAGUAAAUCGACUCUACCGAUGUUAUUUAUAACAAAAAAUCUGAUUUACGAUACCUUGUGCCGAUUUUUACAAUCUUAGCUAUGAUAACCCCUCAAGUGAAGUGUCUACGCCCAGACAGUGACGUGAAUGAGCCUGCUUGCGUUGAUAAGCGGCCGCAGUUCUCCGUAGUGCCAUUGAAGUGAGUCAUCCUAGUGUGGUGAAGGAAUAGAAAAAGAAAGAUAGAACUGUUCCAGGGUAACAGUGGAUAGCUGAAGUAGGCCUAAAGUGUGUCGCGGGGAAGAGAUUCUGUAGAGUAGGCUGGGGUGGAAAGCAAUUUUAAAGCCUCUGUGUCUGACUCACUCGCAACGCAAGUCUAUUCACCGUCAACUCUGGAUUGACUGCGAAAGUAGGUGACUUUUGUUCUUGAAGUUGGCUCUUGUAGCACACCUGAAUAGGCUACAGCAGUGACAAGGGAAAGAACAGUAGCCGAAGUUAUCCUCAAGCAGGAUAUAAUUAUUUGGAGUGGACAAAAAUAUAUAAAUAUUUUCAGUUUUAUUUCUAGUUAAUUACCUUAAAAUAUUUCAUUUCGAAGAGCCUGGAUUUAUUGUACCAAUAACCUAUUUGAAAACACUUUUUUUCUGGAUUUCCACGUGUUUUAACGACUAUUGGUUUCAAGUUGGUCACUUUCCAAUCUGGUCCACUUUCAGCUCCCAAAAGGGAUUCCACUGUCAGAGGAUUUUUUGAGAGUUAGGAGCUCAUAUCAACUACUGAAAUCUUCCUCUUUCCUGGAUCAUGUACCAGGACUACUCCGUGAACUACGACACCUCGUCCUGCGGCAGCAGCACUUCGCCGGUCCAGCCAGAGUCGUUCACAAGCGGCAGCAGCACGAUCGGCAGUCCGAUCUCUACCUCAAGCUACCAGAGAAAACCGGUCGACAUGCCUGGCUCUAGCAGUGCCUUCAUCCCUACGAUAAACGCCAUCACGGCCAGCCAGGACCUGCAGUGGAUGGUGCAGCCACAUAUCACCUCUAUGUCCAACCCGUAUUCCGCUCCACCCUUAUGGCCACACCUCUCCAACGCCCGGCUCCUGGGAACACACACCCUGGCCCGUCCGGGUGUCAUCCGCUCCAUUGGGGACACCCCGGACGCGCAGAGAGUUGAGCGCUUUUGUGUGAACGACAAAUCACAAGGUGUUUUAUUUAUUUCCUUAGCUUACCCUGAAGAAGAGGAGAAGAGGAGGUGAGCGCGAGAGGAACAAGUUGGCUGCGCCAAGUGCCGCACGCGACGGGAACUCACUGAGACGCUCCAAGGAGGAACUGAGGAGCUGGAGGACGAGAAGGCUGAUCUACAGAAAGAGAUCGAGACACUGCAGAAGGAGAAGGACAAGUUGGAGUUUAUGCUGGUGGCCCACAACCCCAUGUGCAAACUGCCCCCCGACGAUCGCCACCAGGGGGGCCACCACCACCAGCAGCAGUGCGCUCCUCUCCCCCUGACCAUGCGCAACAAUCUGUGUCCCCGAGGCCUCAUCAACCCCGUUGUGGUGAAGCAAGAACCACAAGAGGACGAUGAGGAUGGCAAGUCCCAGCGCUCCGUCAUCAAGCCCAUCUGUCUUGGCGGAGGUGGUGGGAUUUACUGCGAUAGCGACAGCCUCAACACUCCGGUGGUGGCCGCCUCCACCCCGGCCUCCACACCCAGCGCCCCUAGCCUCAUCUUCACCUACCCCAGCAUGCUGGAGUCCGAGAGCCCCUCGCCGUCCUCAGAGUCCUGCUCCAAAGCCCACCGGCGCAGCAGCAGCAGCGGGGAUCAGUCUUCAGACUCCCUCAACUCACCUACCCUCCUGGCCCUCUGAGCAGGGACAGUAAGGUGAUGUUGUGCGGAGGGCGAGCAGCGCCCCCUACCGACUUGGAAGACAAAGAGCACACUCAAGCCUGGACCAAGCCAACCGGUAACUGUUUCCUUGACACCAGGAACCCUCAAGGGCUAAGCCGCUUGUUUUUCUUGUACGCUUCAGUGUGAUUUUUUAUACCCAAAGUGUGUGCACCUGUACCAGCCAGUGUCAUCCCUUCUCCAUUUCAACUCCAGCACAAUUUGUUUUUUGAACAAUGAACAUAUGACAUGGAGGUUAGAAAUGACAGCAGAGGCAGUCAUAAGAGGAGAAAACUGGUGAAAGCAAGACAUUUUUCGAUCAACAUUAAGUAAAGCCAUCGGGCAAAAGUUGCACUCUGCUAUGAUCAAUCUACCAAUUAAUGACUAAAUGAGAGACAAUGGGAGGGAUAUAGAAACAAUGGAGAGAUUUUAAAAGCAGACUCAUCUUUUUCUUUUUUUAUCCUCCCUCUCCCAGAAACCAGGACCUGUUUGGGAGACUACAGAGAGUGUGUGGAUGCGCCGAUACGCUAAUAAACAUAUGACUUUAUUUUCAUCUCUACUUGUAUUUAUGACCUGUGCUGUGUGACCUUGCGUUCUGGUGUUGUUGUCUCCUGAUGGUUAACUGGGUGAGCCUCAAAGCCUCAGUGUCUCAAACAAAAAUAGCCAAUUUUUAUUCAUUGCCUAGACCCUCAACACUCUACUCCGAAUAUCGGUCAAAGUAUCGAUGGCCAUCGUAUUGUGUGCUUUUCUCAGUAAUGUACCUGAACUUUACUAUGUGUUUUAAUACAUGUUUGUGUGAUUUACAUUGAUGUCAGGGAUUUCUCUUCGGUGUGGUUGUUGAUAACUAUUUUAAGGAGCAGCAUGGGAAGCGUCGGGGCUCAAAUGCUUGAGUGUUAUAUGAGGAGAAAUUCAAACCGUUGACCCUUCUACUUCUGAAAUGAUGUCAUUCACCAAGACAGUUCGACCAAUGAGGGUAUUAUGACCAACUCCUUAUACCCCCAAUACUUAUGGAGGUGAGGUUCAAGCAGACACUCUAGAGCUUCAUUGAAAGUCAUUUUUUUUGGGGGGGGGGUUGAUUGAAUUGCAAUAUUUAAGACCUGUUUACUUCAAACAUUCCUUACACAGUCAGUGAGUGUCAUGGCCUUGCUGUGAUCACGGGACAGAAGACUUGCUGAACAAUUUUUGUUGUGCUGGGUGCAGCAAAUAAGACUGUGCAAAAAAAUCAUUGCUGCUGCUGUUGUUGUGGACUGACCAGCCUUGAAGGAGAACACAUCACUUAUUUAUCUUUGUGUGGAUGGUCGUGAGGUAAACUUCACUGGAUAGUUAUGGUAUCACAUGAUAGCAUUUGAAUAACAACACCCAUCAUGCAUUGCGGCAAAUUGCAGACCGGAAAAAAGAUACCAAAAACCAUUGUGGGAGAGAGUGUGUUCUUAGUCUGUUCGAGUCUUUUGAACCCCUUAGAAACACGUAGGAAAGCCAUUGACUCUAGAUCUUCUACUGUACGUCUUCUGUUUCUGACAUCUAUUUCUUCUUUUCUCAAAUGCUUUAACUGUUUAAAAUGAUUUGAAAACAAACAAAAACAGCAAUAUGUAUAGCAGUGUUUGUUCAUUUCGUAAUUUAAAUCAAUAAUUAUAAUAAAAAAGCAUUUUCAACAAAGAA